UUUUUAUUCAUUAUUCUAACACUCAUAAACUCUUAAAUUCACUCUUCAAGUCUUCAUGAACAUGGAAGAAGGUGAUGGGUUUUCUGCUAGAUGGCCUCAAGCUAGCUUCUUCAAGUUCUUACUCCAACCUCGUUUCGACCUCCAAUUUUUUGAAAUUCCGAAGGGGUUUAUGAAAACUCAUGGAAAUAUUCUAUCUAAUGUCAUCUGCCUAAACAUUCCUCCAACUGGUAAAAAAUGGAAAUGUAAUUUGGUAAGAGAAAAUGGCAAGGCUUUUUUGCAAAAAGGUUGGGCAGAAUUUGUGGAGUUUUACUCAUUGUCCCAUGGCCAUUGCUUAAUGUUCAAAUAUAGAGGAGAUUCUCGUUUCGACGUUGUUAUUUUCGACAUGAGCGCUUCCGAGAUCGAGUAUCCUCCAUUCGGUCCCGAAAAAUAUAGGGAAGAAAACCCUCCAGAAAGGAGGAAAAAAACUAUUGAUCUCACUACUAAACCUAGUACUACAAAGAAAGGCAAAGAAGGGAUACAAACAAUUGUGAAUGAUAAGCUUAUAAUAGCAAAAGGUAGUCGUUUAAGUCCCGAGGAAAAUAAUAGAGUUCAUGCUUAUGCUUACCAAUGUAAGAAUCCCUUAUUUGCAAUCAAGAUGCAACCGUCCUUUGUUGAGCACAAUUAUAGUCUGGGUAUACCGAAAGAAUAUGUAAAAAGGUACCUGAAUAAGGAACGACCUUUUAACCACGCGUUCAACCUCCAAACCGAUGACACCAGAAAAACUUGGGAGGUGGUAAUUGUUGCUAAUAGUACACAUGUGAAGUUGAGAGAAGGAUGGAAAUGUUUUGCGUUAGAUAACAAGUUAAACGUGGGUGAUGUAUGUGUCUUCGAGUUGAUCAACAAACACGAGUUUAAAGUACGUGUUUUUGGUGUUGUUAAUGACAUGGGAAAAGUUGAAGCUGAUGAAGUCAAAGGGGUGCUGACAAAUGUUACUCAAGCUCGGGUGCAAACAAGUAUGGAUGAUAAGGUUAUAUUAGCUCGAGGGUGUAGUCUUACUCCCGAGGAAGACAAGAGGGUUCGUGCUUAUGCAUCCCAAUGUAAGAAGUCUAAGAAUCCGUUGUUUGUAACGAAGAUGCAACCAUCCUUUGUUGAGUACCACUUUAGAGUGAGUAUACCGAAGGAGUUUGGAAAGAAAUACUUGCACAAGAAAAAUGGACAUUUGAUCGAUCGAAAGUUCAGCCUCAAAACGAAUACCGGCCGGAAAACUUGGCCAGUGACGAUAGGUGGUAUUGAUCAGCGAGCGAGGUUGAAAGUAGGUUGGAAAAAGUUCGCAAUAGAAAACAAGUUAAAAGUGGAUGAUAUAUGUGUCUUUGAGUUGAUCAACAAACAGGAAUUUCAAGUUGGUAUACUCCGUGUUGGUAAUGCUAAGGAAAAUCGUCGAGAAUCCGACAAUCAUAUUAUCAAAACCGAACUGAUGAAUAGCUAAGUAGUCGAUGAAGAGAGAAGAGGGCGUCAAAAUCGCAACCAGGCAUGUAUUAUGAAAUACAUGCCAUGGGCUUGUUUGUAAUUUCCCAGCCAUUUUGAAAUUGUUGAAUAGUCAACCCCGUUUGGCAACUUGGAUCCCGUUACUGCCAAUUUUGUAAUAUGAAUACCAUUUUAAAAUAUUUAGCACCAUUUUUGUGAUAUUAA